AUGAGCUGUUCAACCCGAUCUCUUGAUUGUAUCAUAGCCACCGACUUGACGUUCUACGCCGGGGACCCCAACUUCCUCUCCGCGGAGGGCUACAAUAAAAAGUUCGAGGCCUUCCUCCUUUCGGAGCGCGUAGAUCAGCUCACCGCUCGGGUAGCCCUACACGCCCAGCUUCGCAAGGCCUUCUUAGAUCCGCAUGUGCAAGAGCGCCUGCGACCCUUCCUUGACGCCGGCGAGGCGAUCGACGUCUACGUGGACGAUCCCAGGGCGCGGGCGAAGUUCUUCUUUAAAAAGAGACGGGCCCUGCUGCGGGCCGUUCUCGCCAGUGAGGAGCACAGACGUCUCCGCGAGGCGCACGGCGUGCUCGUGGCGUGGGAACGAGGGGUCAUCGCACCGGAGAGUACAGGGCAGGGACAAACGGGACAGGAGCACGAACUGCGGCAUAGCCAAACAAGCCCGACGCGCCUCCCUGGGAAGGACACGAACCCCUCUCGAGACGACGAGUUCUCCCGCCUACUCGAGGAGGCGCGCUCGAAGACGUUUCCUUUUCGAGGAAUCACGCCCGAUAGUGGUGUUGGGGGAGGAUCGGGGCGGGCUAGAGACGAAACGCACGCGGAGCUGCGCGCGAAGGCGAGCCAUCUGCGCGAGGAGCUGGAGCGCGGCACCGCUCUCGCGCGCGUCGAGCGCCUGAUUCGUGCGGAGGAAGCAACUUACCGCGACUUUGGCAUAGAUCGUCUUCUCUCACUUGUCAGCCGCGCAGAUGCAGCGCUCGGCGCGGUGAAUGAAGUCAGUUCCGACGCCGAGCUGCGGGGACUCUCUGCCUCCGAUGAGUAUGUGCUCUCGCGUCGCCUCGCGCCGUGCUCGCUGCCGCGCAUUGCGCAGGCGUGCUACACGAACUACGCAAGCACGCCCGGCAGGCGAGUGCCUGGCGAGGAGAUCCUCGCGAGAGAUCGCGAGGUGUUUUGCUAUUGGUUGUUAGCCUGCCUCACUGCGGAUUGCCCGGAAAUCGGCCCGAACACGAUUAUCGGCAAGAGCAGCGUCGCCUUCGAGGACUACAAGAGGUGCUUCCUGCCUCGUAAAACCGCCUAUGUACCCUCUAUCAACGCCUCGCAUCGCACUAUUUUCGCGAGCAAAGUGGCUGAGCGGCGCGGUCUCCCGCAUAUCGUCGCCCUCGUUCCCUGCACUUACAGCUAUCAUGAAAACAAUGAUUCUAACUCUGUUAAAACGGGAACUAUAGAUCUUGUGAUUUAUGAUACCACUAACGAAAAGGUGCUGCUGAUGGUUGUCAACCCCACGAGCGGCCAUCAGCCUAGCAAAGACUUUUUGAAAGCCCAGGAGGAGCGAUAUCGCUUGGCGGCUGUCUUGCGGAGCGCCCUCCUGAGUGACAAUCAAUUUCAUCGCUUUCAAUGCUCCGGUAUUGUUUCGGAGUUCUUUUUCGAUCCUGCUCAGGGGUCAGAGGAGAAUUUUUACUGCAUUAUGGCGCCAUUGCAGUUGCGCGCGAAGUCUCGAACGACUUAUAACGUUCCUUUGAACGCCUUUCACUCGUUCAUGAGAUGCCCGCCGCGGUAUUUCAUGCUUGGGUCAAAUAAGGGGAUUCAUUCAGCUGUAGAAAGCAAUUUUUAUCCUCCAAGUUUCGCAUAUAUCGGAUUGAAUGAAGCGGCGAUGCAUUUAGUUGACGUUGUUCCUGUCGAUUACGUCGAGGAGAAUAUAUUACCGCGGCUUGUGAGCGCCCACGAAGCGGAAAAGCAGCAAUCGGAAGAGGGGAGAAGUGAUAAUAUGCACAGCUCCGAGCUGCUCGCACCCACGGCACGAUUAUCCGAAGAGUCUGCUCUUCUGAUGCAUGCAGAUGGGGAAGAAGAGGAGGAUCCCCUUAGCAAAGAAAUCCCAAGGGAUGUGCUGAAUGGCCUGCGUGAUUGUCUGCUAGAGAGGCGGAGGGAAUGGAAAUCGCCCGUGUUGGUGGAAGAGCGUGCGCGGAAUGCGGAGCUAAAGGCUCUUCCUGCCGUUAAAGAUGGCCGCAUGCGCACACCCUUAGAGGUGUUUGACAGCCUUCUGACUGGAAAAUACGGCUUUGAGGUGGCGAAAGCUGCUUCAGGUUUGGGUUCUAAUCACGCGAUACGUCUAUCGCAACUUUCUGAUAUCUCCACCAAUCGAAUGAAACAUUCCAAAGCGGAUCAAAAGGUGGCGAACAUGGUACACUUGUAG